GUUAAAGUCUUAAAAGGUGCAAGUAUACCUCGAUGUUCCCAUAACGGAGCAAAUUAGCUCUUAUUGACAAUAAAUAAACAAAAUAACUUCAAAAAACACCAAAAACAGAUUAUGUAUCGAAUUUGGAAAUUGAAAAUUUAAAAAAAUGUGCCUAAUAUUCCAUUUUAUACUUCAACUUUCACCAAUUACGCUCUGAAAGUAAAUAAAUUUUUUCAAAUUCGAUAUUUUGCAAGUAGUUGGUUGGUUUUUUGUUUAACCGAACCGAAUUGUAUCAAAUCGAACUAAAUCAAAUCGGAACUUAUGCAAUUUGUUUGAGCUUGCUAGUAUUUCUUCCAAACCGUAUUAAAUCAAAUCGAAACCAAGAAAAAACAAAUAAAACCAAAUAAAAGUAAAGAAAUUCAAUAAAAUAUUCAUGUUAUUAAAAAUAAAAUAUAAAAUCGAACCGAGGCGAAAAUAGUAUGAUUUUUGUUUGGUAAUAAUUCUUUUAAUCUAUUCUAAACCGAGCCCAAAACUGAUAUGUCCGCCACUAAUGGAGACCCACACUAUUUUUUUCCUUUUCUUUUUUGUUUUCAUUUUGUUCUAUAAGUACCAUAUUAAUUGAUAAAAAAAAGUACCAUUUUAACAAUCAUUCUUGUUGUACUCACCCAUAUACUCAUCUUAUACUCAUUAUGUCUGAGAAGUUUUUUUUGUCUCUGAAUUUGGUUCACAGACAAAAUAUGUCUUAUUUUGUCAAUGCAAAAUUUGCAGACAUAUUUUGUUUGUGAACGGGAUUCACAGAUAAAAAAGCCUUGCACAAAUAUGACGGAUAUAAAAGUGGGUAUAAGAGUGAGUACAUACAACAUUUUUGCCAUAUUAAAUGGUCAUAUGGAACGUAUUUUUAUUUCUAGGUGGCAACAGACAUGUCUGAAUAAUAAUUCAAUAAUGUUGUUGAAUAUUUCAAUUUUCAACUGUGGUCUCCUCCGUGAAUUAUUCAACUACCAUGUUCUUAUAAUGUUAACACCAAGAACUAUAUUGUAACGAAUUGCGCGACUUGGGGUUGAAGCGCAUAAAUGUUUAAUGGAAUUUGCUAGUUUGCUGCAUUGCUAACAGAACAAACAACUAGAUUUCAAUAUUUGAUGAGAUGAUGGCUUCACUAUGGAGGCCGGGGAGGGGCGUGGAGAUCAAGGAAAUCGAUGACAAGAGGUAUAUUUUUGCUUUUAAUCACCCAAUUGAUAUGAAACGUGUGCUUGAUGGGGGUCCAUGGCAGUUUGAGAGGAAUUUACUGAUUGUGAAAGAAAUUAAACCUACUGAUAUUCCGCAUAAGAUCUGCCUGAAUGAGGCAGAAUUUUGUGUGCGCAUUCAUAAUGUUCCUCACUGCUUAUUAAAUCUAGGCACUGCAAGAAGAGUGGGUAAUUUUCUGGGUAGGUUCAUUAGCUAUGAUAAGAAUCAGCUUGGUGAAAAGUGGAAAUCCUACCUGCGUGUCAGGGUUUGCAUUAAUGUGGAAAAUCCUUUGAACAAAGGAACAACUCUGAAAAAAGAAGGUAUUGGGUAUUGGGUGGAUUUUCAAUAUGAGAAGUUGCCAAAUUUUUGCUUUAUUUGUGGCGUUAUUGGUCACUCGGAAAAAUCCUGUCCGCCAGUGUAUGAGGAAGGGUUAGUCUUGGAAAAAAUGCUUGAUGUGUCGCUUAGGGCAGGUAGUGGGAUGAAGACUAGCCCAACAGGAAAGAAUAAAUGGCUAGUUGGAGAAGGCUCAAACUCGGGCAGGAAUUCGCAUUAUUGGGAGAAUCAGGGGUCUAACGGAGGAGCGAAGGGUGAGAAGGAAGAUACGGCGGUCUUGCGUAGCAGCUCUUCCAAGUAAGUGGUUCUGAAACAUAAUGAGAAAUCCAUAGGGGAACAGAAGCGCAAUCGAAUCUGGGAGGCAGGGGAAGCACAACACUGAGGGGGGAUGAGAUGACACUGGACGGAACAAAAAAUGAAGAGGAGACGGGCUUAGAGGGGCAAGCUUGUUUGCGGUUGGGAUGCGGAAGGGGGGUUCAGAGUGGUGCCUUCUGGUGUUCGUUGUAAGACUCAGUGAUGAUUUUUACUUUAUUAUUGUUAUUUAUUUAGAUUGUUUAAUGUUUUCUGGCUUGCUUCUUUUCUUUAUUUCCAAUUGUAAGACGAUGGUUUUGAGUUUAGAUGUGGGUGAUGAUCAAACUGCGAUUAUUGUCAUUGGCUCAGUUGUGCCCAUAAAAGGAUCAACGAGUUAUAUUACCGAGGUGAUUAACUCUGAGUCUAGUUCGUGGGACUGCGGUUUUCAUAAGUUUUAUUGUCGUUUUACCUACUCUUAGAAUGGUUUGAUAUCAAUGUAAGCCGCUUUCAUCCAAAAAAAAUUCAUACUACCUUGUUUCCUAAAAAAUCAUACUACCUUGUCUUUUAUUUUUACACUUUUCAAAAGUAUUCGCUCUCUCCAGGUUAGAGCGAGAGUGAACCCUAGGUAAAAGCCGCCGCCGUCGCACCUGAGAGAUGUUGUCCGUUUGAGCCGGCAGUUUGAGACGUGCGUAGGAUAUUAGCGACAAAACAGUGAACCCACUUGUUGCCGUCCUAGGGCUUUUGGCCGCUAGGGUCAAUUUUCCGCUAUCGACAUAAGUCGAGGAGCGGCGUUUCCUUCUUCUUCGAUUUGCGAAGCUCGGUGAGGAGGAUUAGCGGGCGGCUGGAAGGAGUGAUGCGGUUUAUGCGUCCUAAUCUUGCGGCUUUUUUGACAGACGAACGACAGAGGGAGGUCGGCUUUGGUGUGACAGACAGGGGCUAGACGAAGAGAGGGGACAUAUUCGAUUGUGCACUGGUUGUGCAGGUUUUUGUUUUUUUUUCUUUAAUUUGCAGAUUGUGGUCAGUCAUGGCUUGCUUGUCCAUCGCUUCACGACUCAAAUAGUUGAGGAUUGACGUUUGGCAACGUGAAGGUAUGAAAGGGAGUUUGAUCGAGAAUGAGCAGGAUGAGGAAGAAGAUGAAGUAUUGUUGACCCGACCUCCUCCUGAACCGCAACCACUGAAGUGGAGGAUGGUGGUGAUCAGAAAGCUGGGACAAGACUUUUAUUUUCUUGCUUUUGUUUAUUUUAAUUGUCUGGAUCAUGCUAUUUACUUUUGUUUGUUUUUUGUUUUUGUUGUAAGACUGUGAAUUUGGAUAUGGGUGAUGGAAGGACUGUAUUAACUGUCUUUGGUUUGUUUGUACCCAUUAAUGGAUCAGCGAGUUAUAUUACUUUUGUCGAGGUGAUAAACUCUGACUCUGGUUCGAGGGACGGCGAUUUUCAAGAGUCUUUUGUCAGUUUACCUAGAAUAAUGUGUUAUCAAUUUAAGUUUAUUUCUUCAAAACAAUAUUCACUCUCUCCAUCUUUCCUUUCUUAAACAUGCAAAAACUUUAUGUCGCAACUAUUUAAGUAGAGAGGGAAUAAAAUAAUUCUUUAUAUUUUAUUUUCACUUUGCACAUAAAUUUUACCUUGGUAUUAUACACAAACUUGGUAAACUUCCAUACGAUGUACGACACACACUUGGUGUAAAUUGUUUUUUAUCAGAGAUGGUGAUAAGAGAGUAGAGUUUCAUUUGGAAUCAGAAGCGAAAUCUAUCACUGUUCCUACCAAGUGUGCAUAAAAAACUUUUAUACAAACUUAUACAAACUUUUAUACCUUCCUAUGUUUGUGAAAGUUUUAUUUUGUAUUAAGAGUGAAAUCUAUAAUUGUUCCUACCAAAUAUGCAUAAAAAACUCAAAAAUAAUGUAUGUAUCCAUUCUUAUACACUCUUUUAUACCUUUUUUAUGUUUGUGAAAGUUUUAUUUUAUUGGUGAAUUCUGUUCACAAUCAAUACUUUGUUUUUGUUUGUGCAAAAACUUGAAUAUUCAAAAUAAGACUAUCUGUAAAUUAGAUUCAAUAACAAAAAAUGACAUUCAUAAACGUGGAUACAUCAAGUUAAAAAAUAUGAGUCCGUUAAGUAUCACGAAUCACGAGUUCUUGUCCGGAGGAUUCUAGGCUGAUGCUUUGCUCGCUCUAUUAUUGUUGUACUUUGUUUCUACCCCAUACCCACGAGGCUGUUAUGUCAUACCUACCCACCUCCUUAAUUUGCGAAAUAGACAUCCGACGACUCAAUCAUUAUAUUUCUGCCGCCAACGACAAAUUCUCUCACACAUUUUUUAUGAAUUUCCAAAAUCUCUUUCAGGUUGAAAGUAACAAAAACAAAAGUUUAAUUGCGCUAACAAAAACAAAAUCUCUCACAUAUUAAGAAAAUAAAUUUAACUUUA